UCGCCGCUCCUGGAGCUCUGCGCAAAGAAGAAGGCUCUACCGGAAGGGCAGCAACUCCAUGCACACUUGAUCAAGUCCUGCGCCGUAUGGGACUCCGCGUUUCUGAGCACCAAGCUUGUUUACAUGUACGGCAAAUGCGGCGCCGUUUUGGAUGCACGGAAGGUGUUUGAUAAAAUGUCUCACAGAACGGUUUUCACUUGGAACGCUAUGAUUGGGGCAUUUGCGGCAAAUGGGGAGCCUUUGAUGGCUCUUGAUAUGUAUAAUGAAAUGCGGGUUUUCGGGGUUAGGGUAGAUUCGUUUACUUUUCCUUGCGUGCUGAAAGCGUGCGUUGCUGUUGGUAGUCUCUGUUGUGGGGAGGAGGUUCAUGGCUUGGCUGUGAAAUGUGGGUUUGAUGAUGUGGGGUUUGUGGUUAACUCUUUGGUUGCGAUGUAUGCGAGCUGUAAUGAACUCGGUGCAGCGAGGAAGUUGUUUGAUGGUGUGGGAGAUAAGGAGGAUGUUGUGUUGUGGAAUUGUAUUAUUUCGGGGUAUUCAGCGAGAGGGAUGUCGGAUGAAGCGUUGGGAUUGUUUCGGGAAAUGCAGAAGGUGGGAGUUGCCAUGAAUACGUAUACUUUUGUGGCCGCUCUUCAGGCUUGUGAGGAGUCAUUUUGUGGGAAACUCGGUAUGGAGAUUCAUGCUGCUGUGUUAAAGUUGAAUUAUUGUGUUGAUAUUUAUGUGGUGAAUUCUUUGCUUGCUAUGUAUGUGAGGCGUGGUAAAAUGGAUGAGGCUGCAAGGAUUUUUAGUGACUUGGACGACAAGGAUAUUGUUUCAUGGAAUACGUUACUGUCUGGUUUUGUCCAAAAUGGACUGUAUAAGGAGGCUCUGCUGUUGUUCCAUGACAUGCAGAGGAUUGGUCAUAGACCUGACCAGGUUUCGUUGUUGAAUAUUCUUGCAGCAUCUGGUCGGUUAAGAAGUUUAAUGUCAGGAACGGAAGCCCAUGCUUAUGCUAUUAAAAAUGGAUUUGAUUAUGAUUUGCAGGUUGGGAACACACUGAUAGAUAUGUAUGCUAAGUGUUCUUGUGUGAACUUGAUGGGACGUGCUUUUGAGAAGAUGCCAAAUAAAGACUUCAUUUCUUGGACAACAAUUAUUGCUGGCUAUGCUCAGAACAAUUGUCACACAGAGGCCUUAGAACUGUGCCGGAAGGUGCAGAUGUUGGGGCUGGAAGUGGAUGCAAUGAUGGUAGAAAGUAUUUUAUCGGCUUGUGGAGCUUUGAAAUGUGUUCCUUUGGUAAAAGAAGUUCAUGGUUACGCUAUAAGGAGAGGUUUAUUUGAUCUCGUCUUGCAAAAUGCAGUUGUCAAUGUAUAUGGCCAGUGUGGUUACAUAGACUACGCAUAUCGGAUAUUCAACUUGAUUGAAUCUAAAGAUGUUGUGUCUUUAACAAGCAUGAUAUCUUGUUAUGUUCAUAAUGGGCUUGCAAAUGAGGCUCUUGAACUUUGUCACUUCAUGAAAGAAACAAAUGUUGAACCUGACUCCAUAGCGCUUGUAAGUAUACUGCCUGCUGCCGCUAGUUUAUCUGCUUUAAUGAAAGGGAAAGAAAUUCAUGGUUUUCUUACUAGGAAGGGAUUCAUCUUGGAGGGAUCUGUUGCGAGCUCUCUUGUUGAUAUGUAUGCCCGCUGUGGAACUUUGAAGAAUGCAUACAACAUAUAUAACUCUGUUAGAAACAAAAAUCUAAUCUUAUGGACUACAAUGAUCAAUGCGUAUGGGAUGCAUGGUCACGGCAUGGAAGCCAUUGAUUUAUUCAAGAGGAUGCAAGACCAACAGAUUGUUCCUGAUCAUAUUACGUUUUUGGCUCUUCUAUAUGCCUGCAGUCAUUCGGGAUUGAUUGAUGAGGGUAAAGGAUUAUUUGAAAUCAUGAGACAUGAGUAUCAAUUGGAGCCCUGGCCUGAACAUUUUGCUUGCAUGGUUGAUCUUCUUGGACGUGCCAAUCGAUUGGAAGAGGCGUAUCAUUUCGUCAAUAGCAUGGAGAGUCAACCUACUGCUGAAGUAUGGUGUGCUCUUCUUGGGGCUUGUCGUGUUCAUUCUAACAAAAAAUUUGAAGAAAUUGCUGCAAAGAAGAUCUUAGAGUUGGGCUCCAAGAAUCCAGGAAAUUAUGUACUUGUGUCGAAUGUCUUUGCUGCUAGAGGAAGAUGGGAACACGUAGAAGAAGUAAGGAUGAAAAUGAAGGGAAUUGGGUUGAAAAAAAAUCCAGGAUGUAGUUGGAUUGAAGCUGGAAACAAAGUUCAUACAUUCACGGCUAGGGAUAAGUCUCAUCCUCAGUCCAAUGAAAUUUACCAAAAGUUGGCUCAAAUUACUGAGACAUUAGAGAGGGAAGCAGGCUAUGUGGUUCAAACCAAAUGUGUGUUGCAGAAUGUAGAGGAAGAAGAGAAAGUUCAAAUGCUUUAUGGACAUAGUGAAAGGUUAGCCAUUGCAUAUGGUCUACUUAACAUUCCCGAGGGAACCCCUAUUCGAAUUACAAAAAACCUGCGGGUUUGUAUGGAUUGCCAUACUUUCACUAAACUAAUUUCCAAAGUUUUUAGGCGGGUGCUUGUAGUUAGGGAUGCUAAUAGAUUUCAUCAUUUUAAGGAUGGGAUAUGUUCUUGUGGCGAUUUCUGGUGA